AUGGCACAUACACCCCAUCGUCCUGUAGGGGACAGCUUCCGGCCCACUGAUGAGCGAGACUGGCGUCGACUGUCGUGGAAUUGGGCUCUCUCGUACGACACAAAGGAUUGGCAACUGUUGAACGACAUUUGCACUCCGACAUUGCGUGUCUUCUACCAACAGCUGGACGCCAGACGCUCAAACCAAAUCAUGUCCAAGGAGGACUACGUGGCUCAAUACUCGUCAAAGACAUCACUGGGAGACGAUGGAUUGGAAACACAGCACUUGUUAGGAGCGGCGGCCUUCGAUGAAGUGGAAUCGGACCUUGUUGUCGGCAAUUGGCAAAUCCAAGCAACACAUCGCAGGAUAUUGCCAGACGGGGGAUCAGGCUGGUGGACUGGGCACAGUUAUGUCAAGCACUACUACCAGAAAGUGGAGGAUACAUGGAUGUUCGCCGGCGUAGAGCCUCAUACGAUUGUACUCCGGAAUGGCAAACGAGAAAAUGUGUUCAGUUCGUUUCUAUAA